AAAAUGGUGGCUGAACAAUGGACAAAUCAUAGUUUAUACUGGGUGUCCCAGUUCCUUCUGACGAAACUCAGGGAAUCGAUUCUACUUUUCGUUUGGAGCAAAAAAUGCCCAGGAGAAAAUUUUCGGAAAGUGCUCUAUUUUGAAGAUAUUCGUCAAUUUAGGUAAUUCAUGGUUAAACAGUGUUUUUAACAGGACCACCGAUUGUAUAAUACUAAAUGAAGAUUGCAGAGGUGUCUCCUAUUACCUAUUCACAAGCAAUCUACAAAACAAUCCGUAUAAAUUAGACCCAAAAGUUAAAAACUCAUUUAUAAAAGCUCCUUUGAUAAGUAAAAAACCACUUGUAAUAAUACUCCACGGAUAUACUGGAAAUGUAAAUUACUCACCUAACAUGGAACUUAGACCAUCCUAUUUCAAAAAGGGGACGUACAAUAUAAUUUCCGUGGACUAUUCUGAAUUGGUGAAGCAAUGGUGUUAUCCGAGUAGUGUGUACAAUGCAGAUUUAAUUGGAAAGUGCAUUGCCACAACCGUUAAAAAUCUCCUUGACGAAAGGAGUGAAGAUGUCAGCAUUGAAACAACACAUGUAGUAGGAUUCAGUUUAGGAGCACAGAUAUCAGGUUCAGUCGGCAAAUAUUUCAAUCAAUAUGAAAAAAGAAAGCUUCCACGCAUAACUGGCCUCGACCCUGCCAUGCCAAUAUUCGAUCCUUACGUGACUUCUGAUUUGUAUCGUUUGGACUCUAACGACGCUGAGUUCGUUCAGAUAAUACACAGCAGAUUGAUGACGAGAGGAAUAAUUCUCCCCUCGGGACAUCUGGACUUUUACAUCAAUGGAGGCUUUCAAGCCGGAUGCAACAGAAAUAUUAGUUGUGAACAUGUAAGAGCAGUCGAAGUGUACGCUGAAUCACUGAAUAGUAACAAAGGGUUUUGGGGUGUGCCUUGCGAGAUAAAUUUAAUUAAAUUGUACUGUGUCAUGAGCAAAAAGGACAGCCCUAAAAUUUUGUUGGGAGAUGAUGCAAAUACCAAUGUUUCAGGUGCUGCAGCCCAGAACGGAACUGCACGAAGGCGUGCAUUGAACAGUUGUGGUACUGCAAGGAACCAGACAGCAAAAAACCAUGUUUGUGCAAUUCUGACUUUGACAGCCAGGCAAGUUUCAGCAUUUUGUUUGUUACGAUCUGCAUAAUACAGAAAAUCACAGACUGGCAGAUCAAAGACAAUGCCCCUUGACAUUUCAAAUAAUAAAGGAAACAAAUGACAAAAUAACACAUGGAUCAACAUUUGCUAAGCUAGGGUGAAUAAGCAAGCGAUCGAUUAAAAAAAAUAAAUAAAUAAAU